GGCCGGCUGGCACUCGGGUGCCUUUAGCGCCGUGCAUCUCCGAGUCAGUCAGUCGGUCGGUCGGUCUCUCGGUCGGUUCAUUCGUUGAAGCUCUCCUUGCUUCGUAGAAACAACGAACACGCGAAGUGUUGUUUUCCCCCUUUUUAAACCCCUUUCCCCACGUUAACGCCCCCCCUUUCCCACCUGUCCUCCUACAAUCAUCACGUUAUAACGUUUUAUCUUAACGUGUAAACAUUAUCGUUUGUAUUAUUUAAAUUGCGAUUCAUAGACGUUGGAGGAUCGCUAUGAAGAUUAUGCUACCAGCUCGUUUAUGCUCGUGACUAAUUAGAAAAAAUUGUUAACAAACGAUAAACCUCGAAUAUAGCAAUUAAUUAUUAUUAUUAUUAUUAUUAAUACUAAUCGUAUUAAGGAACGAACCAAAGAGAUUAUAGAACAGUGCCGUUUAAUGAUCCGUAUACCAAAUUGAUACCAAAAGAAUAUAGUGAACAAAUUUAUGUGAGUGGGUGAGAUGGUGUCGAAGAAAUUAAACGUGCUUUGAAAGAAAAAAAAAAAAGAUAAAGAUAAAGGAAAUAAGUAAAAUUAAACCAAAAGCAGAAAAAAAAACACGCAUACACACACAAUUCAAACAAGCAAAUAAAAAAGAUAUGGAAAAUGUAUGACUGUUGAUAUUGUUUAAAAGGAAAAAGGAAAAGUGUUGUUGUUGUUGUUUUUGUUGUUGAAUUUGCGAGAGGGUGUGCGUGUGUCUGUGUGUAUGUGUUUUUAAGUGAGAGAGCGUGCAAAGAAACGUGUUGGGAGAGAAGAAGCAUCAAGAUGAUGAAAAAGGAGAAACCUAUGAUGUCCGUGACGGCCAUUAUCCAGGGAACGCAAGCUCAACAUUGGGCUCGUGGUAAUACCUGGUUAAGCCUGGAUAAUAGCAACAUGUCGAUGUCAUCAGUAGGUCCACAGAGUCCACUGGACAUCAAACCCGAUACGGCUAGUCUAAUAAAUCCAGGAAACUUCAGCCCUUCAGGUCCUAACAGUCCAGGAUCCUUCAACGCUGCUGGUUGUCACAGCAACCUUUUGAGUACCUCGCCAAGUGGACAGAAUAAAGCGGUUACACCAUACCCACCUAAUCACCCUCUGUCAGGGAGCAAACAUCUUUGUUCGAUUUGUGGUGAUCGAGCUAGUGGCAAACAUUAUGGUGUUUACAGCUGCGAGGGAUGCAAAGGAUUCUUCAAAAGGACCGUACGCAAGGAUCUCUCGUACGCGUGCCGCGAAGAAAAAUCUUGCAUAAUCGACAAAAGACAAAGAAAUCGUUGCCAAUAUUGUCGAUAUCAAAAAUGUUUGGCCAUGGGAAUGAAACGAGAAGCUGUACAAGAGGAACGACAACGUACCAAGGAACGAGAUCAAAGCGAGGUUGAGAGUACAAGCAGUCUUCAUGCUGAUAUGCCGAUCGAACGUAUUUUAGAAGCUGAGAAGAGAGUUGAAUGCAAGGUCGAGCAUGAUGGAAAUUACGAGAAUGCAAUAUCGCACAUUCGCAACGCUACGAACAAACAGCUGUUCCAGCUGGUGGCAUGGGCUAAACACAUCCCACAUUUUACCUCGUUACCGUUGGAGGAUCAAGUGCUAUUACUAAGGGGUGGCUGGAACGAGUUGCUGAUAGCAUCCUUUUCUCAUCGUUCCAUUGGUAUCAAGGAUGGUAUUGUUUUGGCAACUGGUAUUACCAUCUACCGUAGUUCGGCGCAACAGGCUGGCGUAGGCACGAUAUUUGAUCACGUCCUAUCCGAACUUGUAACCAAGAUGCGAGAUAUGAAGAUGGACAAAACUGAAUUAGGUUGUCUCAGAUCAAUAAUCCUGUUCAAUCCUGAUGUACGAGGUCUAAAAUCCAUCCAAGAGGUCGGUCUUCUACGUGAGAAGAUUUACGCAGCACUAGAAGAAUAUACACGUGUAUCUUGUCCGAACGAUUCAGGAAGAUUCGCUAAGUUAUUACUUCGCUUACCGUCCAUUCGUUCGAUCGGCCUCAAAUGUCUCGAACAUCUCUUCUUCUACAAGCUGAUCGGUGAUGUACCAAUCGACGACUUCCUAAUGGAGAUGCUGGAGACAUCCUCGGAUUCUUAGGAGCAACAAAGGGUGUGCCGCACUUUGGGGCACACCGAUCUCUAAACGAAAGGUGAUAGAGAUAAAAAAAGGAAA